CUGACGGGCGCACCCCAGAUGUGGAAACUGGGUUGGCAGCUGCUGUUGCAAUGAAGUAGAAGAGGAAGAGAGACCCAGAACCAGGAAGAGAGACCUGGUUUUUCGGACGCUGCCCAGUGCCGGGAGGUCAGUGCUGGACUAGAGGCCGCUGGGCAAAGAAGACUGCGUUCCGGCUACUGCACGGGCUGCUGGUGGUGCGUGGUGGUGGCUGCGCCAAGUGUGCCAUCGUGAGAACUGGUGCCAGGCCUAGAGUGCCCAAAGGCACGGAGCUCCCCAGGACUUGCACAGGGUAAAGCUGGCUGCCCCAGCAACACCGGCAGCGGGACUUCAGAGGUUCACGGUGUUGCUGGUCUCCCCCUUGGAGGAGCAGAGGGAGCUGCCCCCCUGGACUUAAGCCCCCCCCCCCCAAAUAAGCACCAGCCCCUCUCGGCUGUUGUCUCAAAGGAGGCGGCUAUGGCUGACGCUGUCCUUUCUGCCAAUCGGCAGCAGCCCAAUGGCAAGACUUCUCCUUUCUCCCCUUGCAGGCUUGCUGGUGGGGGGGAUGGCAGCGGAGGAGGGCCUUUCCUGGAGCCUCUGCCCACCAAUCCAGAGCUGCUCCCGAGAGAAGACCUGGACGGCAGGUGGCAGCCAAGAGAGGCCUUGCAGCAGCAGCAGCAGGGGGGCAGAGACGAUGCCUGCCCAGAUAUGGAGGGUGCAAUGGCUCCCCCACCAUAUGGGGUGAGCCACAUUUCCGACACCCCGGAAGGUGCUGGCAGGGCGGGUGGUGGCCAGAACUGUGCUGCGGCAGAGGAUCUCCAGGGGACGGGAGACGAAGGGCCUGAGGGGCCCCACGAGGACCUGCCCUGCCAAGAAUAUUGUGGUCCCGGGGGCCAGAGGUGCAGGCCCCAAGCUGGCGGGGAAGAGGAAAGGCAGUUUGGCAAAAAGAAGCACAGGAGGCGCCCCUCCAAGAAGAAGAGGCACUGGAAGCCUUACUACAAGCUCAGCUGGGAAGAGAAGAAGAAGUUUGACGAGAAGCAAAGCCAGCGGGCUUCCAGGCUGCGGGCCGAGAUGUUUGCCAAGGGGCAGCCGGUCGCGCCCUACAACACCACCCAGUUCCUAAUGGAGGACCACGACCAGGAGGAGCCGGACCUGAAGACAGGGCUCUACCCGAAGAGGUCUGCCACCAAGUCGGACGACACCAGCGAAGAGGACUUCAUGGAGGAGGAAGACGGCGGCAGCGACGGGAUGGGCGGGGAUGGCAGCGAGUUCCUGCAGAAGGACUUCUCGGAGACCUACGAGCGGUAUCACGUGGAGAGCCUGCAGAACAUGAGCAAGCAAGAGCUGAUCAAGGAGUACCUGGAGCUGGAGAAGUGCCUGUCCAGGAUGGAGGACGAGAACAACGAGCUGCGGAUGGAGAGCAAGAAGUUCUCCGGGGACUCUGCGCAGGACGACCGGGUCAGGGAGCUGCAGCAAGAGCUGGACAGGUUGCGGGCAGAGAACCAGGAACUCUUGAAAGAGAACGAACUCCGCAGGCAGCAGCGAGAGCUGCCUCUCGCCAAGGCCAAAGAGUGAAGCUGCCCAAAGCCGGGAGGGGGUCCCAGGGGCGAGAGACGGUGGCUUUUCCAAGAAGGCGGCAAGAUCCGUGUUGUGAGUGUGUAAAUAGACAAAGACAGUGGACCUUUUUUCUUUUGCCUUUGACGACUUAAUCAGAAUAAAAUCAAAACCUUGUAUUGUUUUUGAACCUAUAGCUAUAACAUAGUGUGUGCUUUUGGUUUUUUUUCCUUUCAAAUGAAUUGUAAUCAGGGAGUCUUGGAGUGGGGUGCUUGAUUUUCUCUUUUCUUUUCUUAAGGAGACUUUUAGUGUUCGUGGGAGGACUUUCACUCAUUCAGACUUGUUGAAACUUGCAUUGUAUGUCACUUCUCAGUCAGAGGGUAUUGGUGUGGGUGGGCGGGUUGGUGAAAUGUCAGUCACAUUCUGGAAAGGAUACACAGAUUUACUGAUAAAAUAAAUUUAAGGAUGUUUAA